UUCUGUAACUCGGCUGUCUACAGAGCAUGCGCAAACGCCUAAGAAUUUCUAACGUUUGUAUUUAUAUACACAUUCUAAAAAUGCUACUGCGUGUUAUUUUCGUGCCUGUACUACUACGUACGUAUAAUGCCAUAAGUGUACUGUAUACACAAAAUCUAACACAAAUAUCAUCCGGGCUUUCUACUCGUCCAAACAAAAUGGCCGCCUCAUGUGAACAACAAGUGACGAUUUCUGGCAAGAAGAAAGGCUCUUUGCGCAAUCGCUCGUGCAUGCGCUGCGGUGGGAUCCCAAACAUUGUUGUACGCCUACUGGAUCCGCUAUGUAAAACUUGUUUCGAGGAAUACUUUGUCCACAAGUUUCGUGCCGUUUUGGGCAAGGCGAGAGCAAUUCAGUACGGAGAAAAGGUGUUGAUUGCCUUGAGUGGAGGGCCGUCUUCUAGUGCAAUGCUUCAGCUAGUCCGCGACGGCCUCAGCGCAGGAGCCAGACGGAAAUUAAAAAUCGAACCUUCCGCUGUGUUUGUCGAUGAGGGAAUGCUGACGGGCGACGGUUUGUCGGAUGACGAGUUGAGUGUCGUCAGACAAACGUUGGAAGGAGCGUCGUUUCCGUGUUAUUUCGUCUCUCUGGAAUCCGUUUUCAAAGCGGAAAAAAUUGGAUUGAACGAAACUGCGCAUGCUCCGGAAAUUGCGCAUGCGCGUGAAUUAAAAACUGUGUUUUCAUCGUUAACUAGCUUGACAGCUAGAGAGGAUAUGUUAGAGUCAUUACGAUCUCGACUGUUGGUGUCAGUGGCUCGUCAAUAUCGCUGCACGAAGAUCAUGGUCGGUGACAGCUCGACGAGGCUUUCCGUUCGCCUGCUUAGCAACGUGUCCCAAGGCCGAGGUGGGACUGUCCCUCUAGAUACGAGCAUCUGUGAUGACAGACACGAUGAUGUCGCAUUCAUACGUCCGAUGAGAGAGUUCACUGCCAAAGAAAUUGCGUAUUACAACUACUGCAAUGGCAUUGUGACUGUCGCUCUUCCGUCGCUUUCGUUCGGCAUGCCCAUCAAUGCCAGCAUUAACCGGCUCACCGAGCAAUUAAUCGCACAACUUCAGAGUGAAUUUCCAUCCACAGUAAACACGAUAUUCAGCACAGGAAAUAAACUGACAGUCACGAGAUGCGAGGACUCGUCGGAGGCAAAAAACUGUGUGCUUUGUGCCUCCCCACUCCCAUCCACACCGACCACCAGCUGCUCAUCAGCUGUCAACGAUCUAGAGCAGUCACUUGAAUCAUUUCCACACAAGUCGGCUCCACGUAGACAAGAUGGUAUCCAGACAUGUGUGUCUGAUCUUGAACCCGAUUAUGAAGCCAAAAACGUGUCCACAUCGUGUGAGUCGUGUAGUUGCUCUUCGGGUUCGUCGACUACGUUGAUUCCAAUUUCUGUGCUAACACGUCACUUGUGUUACGGUUGUGUGCGAACGGUUAAAGAGUGUGGAGUCGGGCGUAUCCCGUUGCCUGCGUGUGUCGCUCGUGAGUGCGAACGGCGAGAGCAAAGGACGAAAAUGAAAGACACGAUCAAAGACUUCCUGCUGGAUGUCUCAUAGCUUAACUAAUUAAUUAAUUAAUAAUUUAUGAUUUUUGAAAUAUGAUGAAAGAUGCUUACUGGCUGUUGUACUGAUCACGACACACAAUAAUUUCAGAUGU